AUGGUGAUCCAACAGCAGAUUACCAAAAUGACCACAAGCAUAACCUCCAGUUCAGGCACCUGGUGCACAGGCCUCUUUGACUGCUCAUCUGAUAUGAAAACCUGUUGCUGUGGCCUGUGGUGCUUGCCGUGUUUGCAGUGUCAGACUGUUUCUGAUUUUGGUUGGUGUUUCUGCAUGCCGCUGCUUGACUGCUGUCUGACUGUCUCCUGCUGCCUUCGAAGCAAAAUGAGGGAGCGCUAUAAUAUUGAAGGCUCCAGCAUUGAAGACUGCCUCGCUGUGCUUUGCUGUUACCCCUGUGCCUGGUGUCAGAUGUCAUGUGAAUUAAAGACCCGUGGCUAA